AUGGCCAAGGUCAUCUUCACCCCGUGGAAGGAGCAAUCCCAAUUACUGGUGGUGCGGAAUCAAUUCUACCCUCCGCCGCUAUACGAUGGCCCCGACAUGCGAUCCAGGGCCUGCGCCACAGCUAACUCCACUUUCCAGGUCAGCGCAUGGAAGCUGCGAGGCAACCUCCCCCAUCCCGUCGAGGCGACCGCCUUGUUAACGGAUGCGAUUCUCCAUGAUGACGCGCAGAAGAACUCCAUCUUCUCCAUUCGCGCGACCUAUGCGGCUGCUUUCUGUCGCUUCGUAACGGGCCUCGUCGACUCCAAGCUCGGCGGUGUCCGCCGGACCAUGUUCCAGCGCGCCCUGGACCUGGGCCUCCCCGCCUCGUUCGUGGAGCUGCGGCACGAGGCCACGCACCGCGAGCUCCCGUCGCUGACGGUGCUACGCAACGCGUCGCAGCGGUCCCUGGAGUGGCUGUGGGAUUAUUACUGGGCUAAGACUGAGGCGUCGGUUCCUGGCUUGGGGGUCGCAGGGGCUUCUGUGAGUGGGAUGCAGGAGAAGCGCGCUGCGGGAGGGGAGGAGGCCGAGCAAGAAGAAGAGGAAGACGAAGAAGCCGAUCUCGAACCGCUCAAGUUGGCGCUUCGGGAUACACUGGAGCAGAAUGUGGCCGAGGGGGAGCAGCAGCAACCCCCGCGCAAGAAACGCAAGGUCCAGCAGCAUUUGAAAGCCGUUGCCGGUAAGGUGGUGUCGACGUGUCGGUCGUCGGGGCGCGGGGUGGCUGCUUUAUCGAGUGUGCUGGUGCAGGAUUCGUUCUUGGUUCCGGGAGGCCGGAGAAUGGGAGAGGCAAUGGCUGCUCAAUUCGACAUGUGGGAUCCGUUAUUGCAGAUGAUCGCAGAUGCGCAGCCUACGUUUUUGUCGAGUCUGACGGAGGAGCUGGCCAAUGCGCUGGCAUUCACGGCGCGGCCGGACCAGGCGAAGACGGAUGUCCGCUGUGAAGGUGCCUAUUUGUGGCUGGACCACAUCUUGGGGUCGGCGCAGUGGGAGUCGCGGAGACGGCUGGUCUCGUAUGCGUAUAUGCUGGCCGUGUGUGAGCAGGUUGCGAACCACUGGACGGAUUUGCUGAAGGAGAGGCUGGCGGAGAGACAGGACGAGGAAGCGCCGUCGGUUGAUGGCGAGGGUUCAGGGCGCACGACGAGGUCUGCUGCGACGACACGGAAGAUGGUGCACAACGCGGAUGUUUUAUACGCGUUGAAGCGCAUAGGGAUUAAAGCCAUGCAUAUCCAAUCGAUUCCGAUGUGGACCGGGAAGGGCAACAACUAUGCCUACCUGGUCACCGACGAGCCCACCAAGCAGUCGGUCAUCAUCGACCCGGCCAACCCGCCCGAGGUGACCCCCGAACUAGAAUCGCAGAUCCAAGCCGGCAAGAUCGACCUCACGGCGAUCGUCAACACUCACCACCACUGGGACCAUGCCGGCGGCAACAACGAGCUGCUCAAAACCUUCGGCAAGCUGCCCGUCAUCGGCGGCAAGGACUGCCAGUCCGUGACGCAGACGCCCGCGCACGGCGAGACCUUCCGGAUCGGCGAGCGCAUCGCCGUCACGGCCCUGCACACGCCCUGCCACACGCAGGACAGCAUCUGCUAUUUCAUGCAGGAUGGGGACCAGAAGGUGGUAUUUACGGGGGACACCUUGUUUAUUGGGGGAUGUGGUCGGUUCUUCGAGGGUACGGCCCCGGAGAUGCACAAGGCGUUGAAUGAGACGCUGGCGGCUUUGCCGGAUGAUACGAAGGUUUAUCUUCACAAUGUGUUCAUGCGCGUCAAUGACCCCGAGAUCCAGCAGAAGACCGGAAAGACGGACCCGGUUGAGGUGAUGGCGGCGUUGCGGGAGAUGAAGAAUGCCAUGUAG